AUGAUAAUUCAUAAACUGCCACAUUAUUUUUUAAAAUUGAAAGGAACUUUUGUUUCAAAUUGCUAUCAUAUUAGAUUAAGAUUAUUUACCAAGACUACUUCAAAUUUACAAGAUCGUAAUCAUAAUACAAUAUUAAAUGAAUUAAAAGUACCCAAGGCUAGUAUUCGAUGGUUUUAUGCUUCUGAUGUACCUAUUUCAAAACCUGAUUGGUUUAAUUAUCAACAGACUAAAGAACCAGAAAGUUUCAUACCUUUUUCAGAAUAUGAUUCAAAAAGACUAGAAAGAAACUAUCAAUUAUCAAGUACUAAACCAAUUGAAGUUAAUGAGGAUAAAUUAUUUGAAGUUGAUUUGGAAAAAUUACAGUUAUCUCCAGUUUAUUGGGAAGGGCCAAUUUAUGAAGUGCGAAGAGGUUUAUGGUUUAGUUCCAACGGUAUUCCUUUAUCCAAGAAACAAACAGUUGAAAUUGAAGAAGCAUUUAACAAAUUAAAACCAUAUUUAUUUACUCAAAAUAUUGAGAUAAGUAAGAAGACGGCAAAAGCAAAUAAAGAGAAAAUCUCAAAAUUUAACAAGUUAAACCAGUUGAAUAAUAAAGAGCAGAAGGAGAAGGAGAAAUUACAAGAUGAGAUAAACAUCUAUGAACAUAAAAUUGACUAUUUGCUGCAAAAAGACUUAUGCAAAUUGAGUGACGGAAAUGUUGUUCUAUUCUUCAAUAAAAAUCAAGCUGCCAUAUUUCCAGAAACUUAUAAUUCAUUUUAUCAAAUUGAUGUAAUUAGAUAUUUUGGUCCCCUGCAAGUUUCUUUAUUAGGUGUGAAUCAUAUACAAAGAGGUUAUUCAGAAGAAUUAAAAGAAGGUAUAUUUGAUAAACUUUCAAAAAAUCCAUUACCAAGUAUUGCUGACUCAUUUCAACUUGAAUUUGGUUCAUUAUUUGGAAAUAACAAAAAAGGGGAACUAAAAGAAGCUAAAAAAGAAGAAGAUCAUGAUAUUGAGGAUAAAUAUAUGCAAAAAUAUUUAGAAGGAGAUUAUGAUUUGGAAACCUCAAAGAGUAAAUCAAAUAGAGAAAUUGAUCAUUUAAUAUUAUGUAUACAUGGUAUUGGACAAGUGCUAGGUAAUAAAUAUGAAUCAGUUAAUUUCACUCAUAAUAUAAAUGUAUUAAGAAAUACAAUGAAGAGAGUAUUUGAAGAAAAUGAUCAAUAUAGAAAAUUAAUAUCAAAAUCAGUGGAUGAAGAAGAAGUGGAUCCAAAUAAUAAUAGAAUACAAGUAUUACCUAUUUCAUGGAGACAUAGAGUAGAUUUCAAUCCACAAGAAACUGGAACUUCAAGAUUACCAUCAUUAUCACAAUUAAAUGUUGAAGGUAUCAAAGCGUUACGUAAUAUUGUCGGUGAUGUAGUGCUAGAUAUAUUAUUAUACUACGAACCAAAAUAUUUAGAUCAAAUAUUUACAGCUGUUACAUCUGAAUUAAACCGUGUUUAUAAAUUAUUCAAGGAGAAGAAUCCGAAUUUCAAAGGGAAAGUUCACAUUUUAGGGCAUUCGUUAGGUUCAGCAAUAGCAUUUGAUAUACUAUCAGGUCAAAGUGGGACUUUAACAGGUUCAAUAAAUGUAACUAAAGAUAUAACAUUUGAAGUUGAAAACUUAUUUCUUGCUGGUUCACCUGUUGGUAUGUUUAAACUACUUGAAGGUAAGAAUAUAAAAUCUAGAAAGUCAAAAGAUUUCCAACCAACAAAAGAAGAUAAUUUUGUAUCACCAAAAUGUGCAAAUUUAUAUAAUUUGUUCCAUCCUUGUGAUCCAGUUGCUUAUAGAAUUGAGCCAUUAGUUCAGCCUAAAUUUGGAGAUUUUAGACCUGUACCUGUUGAUUUUGCAGUUAAAGGAUUAAAUAAACAAAUCAAAGAUUUAGCAAGUUUUGGAGAUGAAAUUACAGAAAAGAUUUCAUCAGCUGCUAGAUGGUUAAGAAUUUCAAUAUCCAAUGAUGAAAUUAUUGAAAAUCCAAAAUCUAUUGAAGAACAAGCAAAGAAUGAAAAUGCGUUAGGCGAUAUAAUUACAAGUAUUGCCAUAUCUGAUCAAGAUAAAGAUGAAGCUAAAAAGGGUAAAAUUAAACGAAAAGAAAUUGAAGGUGAAGUAUUGAAAAAUUUAACAAAUUUAAAUAAAUCAGGUAGAAUGGAUUAUAGUCUACCAAUGGGAGUUUUAGAUUUUUCAUUGGUAUCGGCAGUUAGUGCUCAUAUUUCAUAUUUUGAUGAUGAAAAUACUGCAGGAUUUUUAAUUAAAGAGGUUUUAACAGAUAGAAGUAAACCAGUUGAAAAAUUGAUUGUAUCAUCUACUUAA